CACAGAGAAGGCCAGUUUCAUUCUCAGGAAAGGACUUGUCUCUCCAGGGCCCAAGGCCCUCCAUGAUGCCCACAGCCCUGACCCCUUCUGGGACUGAGAUGGGAAGAAGGAGAAGGAGAAGGAGAGGGCAGAAGGGGAGCUCAAAGUAGCGCCUCAAGAGUUGGGCUUCCUGGAAAAAGAGGAGAAGCAGGAGAAGAAGAAGGGGCCAGCCUUGCCAAACGAAGCGGAGGAGCCGCCUGCUGCCUCCUCUCUCUGCCUUGGAGGCCCGGGGCUCCUCUUUCGGAGGGGGCUCUGAGGGGAGGCUCUGGGGGCGCCGAGGACGCCUUGGUUGGGGGACCUCCUCCUCCUCGGCUCCUUCCUCUCCUGGGCGCCGGUAUCAGCUGCUUUUGGUGGUUAGGCACAGCAGUCUUCUUUCAAUGAUGCUGGAGAAGCUGGGUUAAAGGAUAUAUUCUAAAGGCUUUGCAAGAGAGAUUCAUCCAGGCUCCUGAGAGGCGGGAGCAAGUAGGCUCCCUGUGAAAUAAGGAAGGGGAAAGAAACAGGAGAUUUUAAAACCACAAGCAAAUCAGAGAGGCAGCUGCUUGUUGCUGCUGCUGCAAUGAACUGGCUGGAGGAACCAAACUGGCAGCUUCAGGUUUCCUUGCUCAUGCUGCUCUCCAUACACACCAAGGGGAAUUUCCUAGACAGCAGACCCUUGAGGAGUUCUGGUAAAAUAAACAUGGAACCCAGGAAAGAGGAUGGUGGGAGUACAGCUGCUCCUCCCCAGAAGAUGUUGUGGUGUCACUGCCAUCACUACUGUCCUGAAAACUCAAAAAACAACACCUGCAGUACUGAUGGCUACUGCUUUGCCAUGAUAGAAGAUGACGACUCUGGAGGACAGACCUUCACCACAGGCUGUAUAGGAUUAGAAGGCUCUGAUUUCCAAUGCCGGGACACUCCAUUGUCACAACCAAGGAGAUUAAUUGCAUGUUGCACAGAUCAAAAUUUCUGUAAUAAGGAUCUUCAUCCUACUCUGCCACCACUGGAAGGUCGAGGUUUCGCAGAAGGAAAUGCUCACCACAAGGCCUUGCUGAUUUCAGUUACUGUUUGUAGUGUACUCCUUGUGCUUAUCAUCAUAUUCUGUUAUUUCAGGUAUAAAAGGCAAGAAAGCAGGCCUCCUCGUUACAGCAUUGGACUCGAACAAGACGAGACUUACAUUCCUCCUGGAGAAUCCUUGAAAGACCUCAUUGAACAGUCUCAGAGCUCAGGAAGUGGUUCUGGGCUCCCUCUGCUGGUGCAACGGACUAUAGCAAAACAGAUUCAGAUGGUGAAGCAGAUUGGUAAAGGUCGCUAUGGGGAGGUCUGGAUGGGAAAAUGGCGAGGAGAAAAGGUGGCUGUCAAAGUCUUCUUCACCACCGAGGAAGCCAGUUGGUUCCGAGAGACAGAAAUCUAUCAGACUGUUCUGAUGAGACAUGAAAACAUUUUAGGUUUCAUUGCUGCAGACAUUAAAGGCACAGGGUCUUGGACUCAGUUGUACCUUAUAACUGACUAUCAUGAGAAUGGAUCCUUGUAUGACUACCUGAAAUCCACAACCUUGGACACAAAAGCCAUGCUUAAGCUAGCAUAUUCCUCUGUCAGUGGAUUGUGCCACUUGCACACGGAGAUCUUCAGUACUCAAGGCAAGCCAGCUAUUGCCCACCGGGACCUCAAAAGUAAAAACAUUUUAGUAAAAAAGAAUGGAACCUGUUGUAUAGCAGACCUUGGCUUAGCAGUUAAAUUUAUUAGUGAUACAAAUGAGGUGGACAUUCCACCAAAUACAAGAGUAGGAACAAAACGGUACAUGCCUCCUGAGGUCUUGGAUGAAAGCUUGAAUCGGAAUCAUUUCCAAUCAUAUAUCAUGGCCGAUAUGUACAGUUUUGGACUCAUCCUUUGGGAAAUAGCACGGAGAUGUGUUUCAGGAGGUAUAGUUGAAGAAUAUCAGCUUCCAUAUCAUGACCUUGUUCCCAGUGACCCUUCAUAUGAAGACAUGAGGGAAAUAGUAUGUAUUAAGAAGUUACGGCCAUCUUUUCCAAACAGGUGGAGCAGUGAUGAGUGCUUAAGACAAAUGGGCAAACUAAUGACAGAAUGCUGGGCUCACAACCCUGCUUCUCGGCUCACAGCCCUGCGAGUAAAGAAAACACUUGCCAAAAUGUCAGAGUCACAGGACAUUAAGCUCUGAUUCAGCUGACGAAAGGCUCCUCAUUACUAAGGUUCAGAAAAAUGGACUUUCCUUCAUGUUUCAAAGAGACAGGAAGAAGAAUUGCAAAGCUCUCACUAAUAUAAACCUUGAAUGCAGACAUUUGACAAAGCAUCUGCAUACACAUGCGCACACACAACCUUUCCAGGGGAAAGAAAUGUGGCUCAAACAAGAAUGACCCAAAGAAGAAGACAUUUUGCCUCUUCUGGGAGUGACCAGAGAAACAGUGUCGACAACUGCUUCAAGAUUGUGCAUGCUGCUUUCUGCGAAAGCACCUAUUAUUAAUAUUGUUCUUAUUGUUGUUGUUGUUCUUUGGAUGGUUUAAUUUUGAUGAAAAUGAACCUUUGCAGAUAUAAAGUACAAGAAAAAGAAUUAUAUUGUAAUACUAAAAGAAAAAAAUUGAAACUUCACCAGAAUUCUAAAGAAAAGUUGCUAUUCUUUCCUAUUAUCAAAAAAAGUAAAAAAACGUUGGUUGCACUUCAAGAUAACCCCAAACCCAUUGCAGUGAGAAAUGAGACAAGACUGCAAUAGAAUGUGUCUUAAAAGUGAUGGUCUACACACCUCUGAAUGUAAUUUGACAUGCCAUGUCAGAGGAAUCUGUUAGAAAGAUUAUACCAUGUAGAAAUCACCUGAAUUGCUGCUAAGCAGUGCCUUACACAUCUGGGGCUAUUCUCUUGCAGUUUCCUCUACAUAAGUCUUUAACAUUGCCAGUUAAGAAAAUGCCACCAAAAGCAAUAAUAGAAAAAUCUUUUGGGGAUCCCUUUCCAAAACAACAGCUGAUUGGACACAUUGGCUUAGAUCCUACUUAAACUGGAGGUUUAGGAAAAUAAAGGUGAAGGAAGUUCAUCAAAGAGGCAGGGAAUAUGAUCAUAGUCAGCUGGCCAAAGCUUUUCUGGCACACCUGUGACCACUUACCAGUUGUUCAGAUUGAGAGUACAGUUGUGCAUGGGUGCUGUGUGGUGGCUGUUACAUGGCAUGGCAAAAUCACUGCAAAGAAGGCACUAGAUACCACCCUUUGCAACACUGGAAAAAGUAGUUGUGGCAUCACAGCCUUGCUAGUACAAUCCCAUCAUAAUAGUAUAAGUCAUCAAGAAGAUUCCAGCUACUCUGCACAGAUUCCAAUGGAAUCAAUGAAAAUAUAGCUUUGGCUUUUACAGGGGUUUUGCAAGGGACAUCAGUGGAGAAUUUUGCCUUAAGAGGCAGCUUGGUUUUCUGGUACAUCUUAUAUUACUGUAUUUUGAAGCUAAUGUGAAUUAUGAAAUGUAAUUCUUUAGUAACCUUUCAUUUACUGGUGAUGUAACUGGUAAAGAAAGCUACUCCCAGAGGUGCAUUAAAACCCUUUUUGCCUUAAGAUAAUUGAGUUAAGACUACAAACAAUGUUGACAAAAGGAAGAGUAUUGUUUAAAAUGUAUCAGAAAAUGGGAGGUUAUAAUUGAAUAGUUAAAGUAGAUCUGCAGUCUGUUUUUAAACAGCCAAGAUUGAUUUGAAAAGAACACUUUCUUUCCGGUUUGCAUUAAAGAGAAAAUUCUAAGGCCUUUUUUAUUAUUAUUCUGAAGAAGGUUUUUAUAUGGUAUUAUUAGGCUGGAUGCUUCUUUCUGUUUUUGCCCAAAUUUCCAAAGAAGUCAUUGGGAGAAAAGCCAAAUGCACAGAACCUCUGUCUGUCUGUCUGCCUGUCUGUCUGUCUCUCUCCUCCUCCUCCUGCCCCCCCCCUCCUCACAGUGAUGGAUAAUAUAUUGUCCAUCCCUCACUGUUGACUGUAUUGGCUUGGAAAAGUGUGAGUUCUUGUCCAACAUCAUAUGAAGACCCACACAUUCCCCACCACUGCUCUAUACAAAAUUUUGCCAUGCGAUUUAUCCCCUUGGUAAUGUUGAUCAAGACACAGCAUGUCAUUGAACUCAUGCUUUUCAUGUUUUGAGCAGGGCUCCAAGGAGCUGUACGAUAUGAAACCUGUGUCAGGACUUCUCAGGAUUUAUGAGUGCCUCUGCUGUCAAACUGAGAGGUGGCAGUCUUUUCAGUGCAGUAUGCUGAAGUAGGAAACAAAAUGUGGCAAGGUUUUAUGUACACUGAGGGAGGCCUACCUACCAGCUCUUUGAAUCCUAACCUUGUUCUUAGAACUUUUCUUACACUUCUUUAUAAUUCUGUUUCCUGGAUUUGUGCUCUUUUAAAAGAAAAAAAAAUGUCAGAUUGUUGUGGCUUUUUAACAGCAGACAUGCUUUUUUGUAACAUUUUCAUUUGGAAAGUCCUUUUAAAAUGACUCUUAAAACUCUAGGGGGCACCACAGAGCUUUGAAUUUUAAGAGCAGUGGGCUCAGUUAGUCACAGCAAAAGCAAAACUCUACACUGACAGCCUAGAUUUUAAUGGUAUGAUCAGACUUCCUUCCUCUUUGCAAGGGUAGUACAGUAAAUAUAAGAUUUAACAUAUUGUGGAAAGAGCAUAGUGCUUGAAGUUAAAUACUUUUGUUUCAAAAUACU